AUGUCGGAGAAGGAUGCCUCCUCUGUCCUAUUCACUUCGACGAGGCGCCCCAGCCGGGCAUCGACGCCUGCCAGCCGCCGCGAGCGGACGAGCCACGAGACUGCCGAGUCGAGUGCCGCUGCUGGUGGUAGCAGCAGUAGCAUGACCGCCCCCACCACCGAGACGACGCUGGCCAUCGCUUCGCCCGACGAAGUCGCUGGCCACCCGAUACCGAGACAGCACGCGGUCGAGAACGCAAACGGGAGUGCCACGAAGGAGGCCAAGGGCUACCGGACGCAUAAGAUUCGCUCCAGUGGCGGGUUUCUGCUGCAGGAAACACUACGAGAUGCUGCCUCCCACGACGGGAGCCAGUCACAUCAACGACGCCAGUCCCGCCUGACGCCGCAAUCACGUCGAACGAGGGGAUCUCCCAGACCGUCAGAAAAGUCGGGUUCCAGUGCCGGCUACGAUGCCAACCUGCCGUACAAUGCCGACAGUCCAUCCAGAGGGGCUGUUUUCCCGCCUCAUCACGAUGCAUCACAAGGCCUCACAGUCAGGAAGAGGCCCGUCCCAAAUGGAAAGGCUGUCGAACCAGUGUCGCCACCGCGGGCCCAAAGCCAGGGGUUCGAGAUGGACUCGGCACAGAUUGUGAACAUGGCCCUCAACCUGAGUGAAUCCAGAAGAUUAGCUUCGAGGCGAAAUGCAUCAAACGCUGUGCCGCCUGUCCUCGCGCCUCUACCCGACAGUGCGGCAGGAGGAAUCCACCACAGUGCCCUCACCAGCAAGACGACUCUCGCAACAUCUCUCCGCGGCAGGUCGGGGCGCAUCGCCCGCCUCCCAUCAGGCUCGAGGAUGAACACGCCUCUGCAAGCUUCUUUCGACCUUGGCCGUGAGAGCUCAUACAGAUACCAAUUCUCUCCCUCGACGUUGGCUCGAGCACAGAAGGCCAAGGAGCACCUGGAGCUCAUGGCACAGUACCGACGCAUGUUGGAGCUCGUCCCACCUCUUAAUGCAAACGCCCGGCGACCGACAACCGCCAGCCCACCAUCAUCCCCGGCCGAACUAUCGAGGACCUCUACACUGGCAAGCGCGGAUGGGAGCGCAAGGUUUGGACGACCUUAUAACCCACUGCAGUACAUCCGCAACCGCAAAGUUCGAGCCCGUGAGCGCAAGGCCAUCGACGGCGAAGCUCAAGGCUUCAGCGACGUCAAGAAGGUCACGGACUGGGUGGAUAACGUGGCAAGGUGGGCGGCAACUGGACAGUCCAUCUUGCCUGAUGGUCCUUCGUUGCCGCCAUUUGCCGAUGCGGACAUGCACGCACAAGCAACAUCGCCUUCGGCCAACGUUGUCAAGCCCAAAAGACCCAAAGUGGACUGGCUCAUUGAGCCGGCCGAUAUGAUCGCCGAUGCAUACUGGCUCGAGCAGGACAACCACCUACAGUUGAUCGAAGACCGCCAAUGGCGACGAAUUUUUCCUCCUUCAUCAAACCUGUUCAGACCCUUGACAGGCCAAACAGAUAUGUCUAGGCCAGAGUCACUCAUGACAACUCACACACGGGGCUCGCUCGAAAUUCCUCUGAACCAGAGGACCGGAAACCCAAGACCAAUUAAGACGGAUAGCGAGCACUCCCACAGUAGUGCCCGAGAGCGAGCCCGCCAAAAGCUUCAUGAGCUCAAGGGCUUGCAUCAUCGACACGGCUCGCAUAGCCAUACCGACAUACGGAGAUUAACCAAGGCACCCCACUCGGAUCUCUCAGACAGCGAAGAGGAAGCCAAAGAGAGGAGGAUGCCACAACGCACAUUUACCAGCAACAGCAGGGACAUUCUUGAGAAGCAGAUGCUCGAGAUGAUAGCCAGGGAGGCCAGAGAGAACGGAUCGGACACGCAAUCGGUCGAUGCUGCCAUUGCUGCGCUGCUGACACCCGAACGCGGCCCUCCCUCCUCAUCACAGCCUGGCACUCGCGAGCAGAGCCGGAAGCAGUCUCUUGCUGAAGCAAGCGAGUCUGACGACACGCCUUGCAAGACGCAGGCGCAAGCUGCCACCCUUCGUCAGCGAGUAGGGAGGUCUAGCUUGGAGAUCCCAAUGCCUACGCGCAGGACUCCAUUUAUCCCGACAAUUGGGUCCGACCUCUCAGCGCUGCCUAGUCGUGCUGGAUCUCCCACGCGCAACCCUUUCCACAAGGUGAAGAGUAUCUUCCGCGAGAGGAGCAAGGAACGUGGAAACGAUCCUUCCGAGACGCGAGAUGGCGACCUCGGUCCUCCGAUUGACCUCAAGGGCAUUGUGACCGAGUCUCCUCAACCGAUGUCGGAAACUCCCGAGAGGCGAGGAUCGAGAAGUCCUCCGAGAAACCUAUUGCCACGACAGCCGACCGAUACGUACAGGGCAGGCCCCAAGCGUAGAAGCGACGAGUCUGGAGCCAAGGGACUGUUCAAGGGGGCGCGCCUGGAUACGUUGAUCCGCGAAGGCGCAUCCAAAUUAGGUGACUUUAUCUGGCGGAAGGACUCUGAGCAGGAUGAUGGCAACCAGUCUGACGGCGAGGCCACGGCGACUGACGAGUCGGAUGCUGAGCCGGCUAGGGGCAGGCGCAGGGCGAAUCUGUCUCUAUCGCGGACAACAUCGUUAUCCAUGCGAGACCGUCGAGAAGCGCAGCUCCAGAAAGGCAAGAACUAUUUGGACGUAAUGCCUACAUUCCAGCAUGCUUCACACGAUAGGUUGGCCCCUAGCCAGUUGGAAGCCCCCGGCCUUCAGUCAUCCAGGCCUCCUAGUCGGUCGUCCCGGUUUGACUUGCUGAAACCGCCUCGCAUCGACGUUCACCAUGCAUCACCGUCAACAUCACCGCCAGCGACAGGGCAGCGUGGCGAGUUGGAAGACUCCGAAUCUCAAACACAGCGAGGAAGUACGUCCCACGAGGAUGUACAUAAAGCAGGCCGCCGUCUCAGCUCCGUGAUCUCGAUGCCGCAAUCCUUCAACAGGGACCGCCUUGGCUCACUGGCUACUACUUUUGACGGUCGCCACUGGUCGAUCUCCGACCGCAGCCCCUCCCCGCAGCGCGCCCCUCUGAGCCGUCACGAGGUAGCCCGUCUGCGCGCCCUAGUGCUAAGCUCUGGUAUCAAAGCCAUGGAGAUCUCUCGCCGCGCCUACGAGCCCCGGCCCGCUUUCGCUGCUCCCCCGGCGGCUCCUUCGGAGGACGUCCGACCGAAAGAGAAACCCCCCCUUUCUGGGCCCGCCAUCGCCCACUCGAUGCAGUGCGCCGGCCUCGAAUGGCAGCACGCUGCCGACGCCUUCACAAGCGAGACGACGCCAACGCUGCAAGCGAACAUUGAGGACAUUCGCAGACACAUUGCCGUCGACCUAUCGGCUAUGACGCGUGCCGCGGCGGACGAGGCGGACGAGACAAGCCGCGACCUUGCCUUCGGUCAGCGGCUCAAGAUCAAGGCCGUCGUCGACGUCAUCGACAAGAUGCUGCGCCGGCGCCGCCGGCGUUUCCGCUGGGUGAGACGGGCGCUGUGGCUUGGUGUCGAGUGGGGUCUCGUGGGUAUCAUGUGGUACGUCUGGUUCGUCGUCAUGAUCCUCCGCGUCUUUGUCGGGUUCGGCAAGGGCGUCGUCGGCGGCGUGAGGUGGCUGCUGUGGCUGUAA